AUGCUUUUAAAGGCGAACAAAACGCUGCACGACUUCCCCUUCCACCCCUACUGGUUCGGGCGAAAGCCCAGCAUGAAAAAUGUAAUUGACAGCAACUUCACCUUCAGCUGCCUGGAGGAAUUCUACCUCUUCCGAUUCGCAAACAUUACCACCUUUAACAUAUUCAAUCUGAAUCACACCAGCGAUAACGUUGCCAGCGUGUGGUUUGACCGUUUGGACAAUUUAAUUAAGUGCUUUCAAAUUAAGUGCUCAUCCAGCAAGUCCAAAAUUCGCUCGUACGAAAAGUACCUGCACGGUAAGUACCCGGUCAACGACACGUUUGAUUAUAGGAACCCGCGGAGUUUUUACUGA